AUGUUUGCCGCCCUUGGCAUCGUGGCUGAGGACGAUGAGGCCCAUCGUAUUGCUAGUGAGUUUAUAGAGGCGAGUAAGGAGCCAAUCUUCAAGAAUAAUAAUGGUCCUUAUGUGGAAGUGUGGUUUGGGGAUCAGAAACUCUUUGGCCUUGUUGAGCGUACAGCACCGAAUGAUUUCAUUCAAACAGCUUGCGAAAUGAGUGAUGGUGAUUGUAAUAAUGAUAAUGAUGAAGAGAAGAAGACAUCCAGUUCUCUUCACAUCACACAAAAUGUUUCUUUUGUUCUUCGUCUUUCUUCAGUAUCACAUGAUGCAUUGUCAUUUCGGGCACAACCAGAAGAUUCGUUUAUGAACUGUGUGAAUCUUGUAGUCGAUUACGCAGAAAUGUUGAGGAGUGGAAUGCAGGAUGAGUUUGCAGGAUCAGAUGCAGAAGCAGAAUACGUGCGUUUCAAAGAAAAAUAA